AUGGAUUCUAGAGAAGUCCCGCCAGCAGGGGAGAAAGAAGAGGCCAGUUCUGGCAAGCCCCAAGACCAACCUCCCGCCCCGUCUUCUGCUGGAGAUCGCAUCGCGAGCGCCGUGUCCCCUGGGAAUGAAGCAUGCGAGGAGGGGACGGACACUGCCUUCGAGUCGCUUCGCCCAGUGUCGAGCGGGCCUGCCUACAGCGUGUUCUCCAAGGCGACCAAGCGGUGGAUUAUCGCCAUGGCCGCGUGUGCCAGCUUCGUCUCCCCCAUGACGGCCAACAUCUACUUCCCGGCACUGAACCCCAUCGCCGCCGAUCUUGGUGUUUCGGUUAACCUUAUCAACCUGACCUUGACGACGUACAUGGUGUUCCAGGCCCUCGCUCCCACCAUAGUUGGCGACUUCGGCGAUAUGGCCGGGAGAAGGCCGGCCUAUAUCAUCUGCUUUACCAUCUACAUCUUUGCUAAUCUUGGACUGGCCCUUCAGAACAACUAUGCCGCGCUGCUCGUGCUGCGCAUGCUCCAGAGUGCCGGAAGCAGCGGCACUCUAUCGCUAUGUUACGCCGCGGUUGCCGAUGUUGCCGUCAGCGCAGAAAGGGGGAAGUACAUCGGAAUCGUCGGGGCCGGCAUCAACAUCGGGCCUGCCCUCAGCCCAGUUAUCGGCGGGAUCCUGGCUGAAUAUCUGGGUUGGAGGGCCAUAUUCUGGUUCUGUCUCAUCUACGCUGCCGCCUGGCUCGUGCCAUACACCUUGGCGGUCCCCGAGACCUGCAGGAAGGUGGUGGGAAACGGCUCCAUUCCGGCCCGUGGCUGGAACAUGACUAUGCUCGAUUUCUUCCGCUGCCGCGGAACACCCCAGCAUGCUGUCGCUACUGACAGGGCCGCGAAACGCCAGUUACGCUUCCCCAACCCCCUCCACGCCUUGAUGUUGGUCUUUGAGAAAGAGCUCGCCGUCCUCCUCUUCUACAACACCAUGAUCUACCUCGUUUUCAUCCUCAUCGCUGCCACGCUGUCCACCGAGUUUGCAGACAUCUACCAUCUCACGGACCUGCAGAUUGGGCUUUGUUAUCUGCCCUACGGUCUUGGCUGCUGCGUGGCAGCCAUUUCGCAGGGCUACAUCCUCGACAGCAACUACCGCAGGACAGCACGCAAGAUUGGCUUCACCAUCGACUACAAGCGCGGCGACGACCUACGCGAAUUCCCCAUCGAAAAAGCCCGGCUCAUGUCCGUCUACCCGAUGUUGUCUACGGGUAUCGCGGCCGUGAUAUGUUACGGUUGGGUCCUGCACGCUGAGACGAAUCUUGCUGGCCCCUUGGUCCUGCUGUUUGUCGUUGGCCUCUGUGUCACCGGCUCCUUCGGCGUUCUUAAUACCCUCCUGGUCGAUUUGUACCCGGAAGCUCCGGCUACGGCCGUGGCUGCGAAUAACCUGGUACGCUGCCUUUUCGGUGCCGCUGGUACCGCGUUCAUCGAAUCCAUGCUCAGGGCGCUGGGAAGGGGCUGGACUUACACCUUUUGGGCCCUUAUCCUCGUGGUAUUUUCGCCGGCGCUGUGGCUCCUCACUACGCGAGGCCCCAGGUGGCGGGAAGAGAGGAGAGUUCGCAAGCUCAAGGCGCAGGAAGAGAGGGACGCCGCUGCCUCUGCGGAGUCGAGCUGA